UACUGUGGGUAACAGUGCCACUCACAAAAAUGGCGGCCUGCAGGUUUGUGGGACGAGUUCUGAAGUUGUUAGCGUUUAAACAGUUGCACCUUGCAGAAGCCUCUGUGAGGGUCUGCCGGUACUCAGGGCUGUGCUGUGCCAUACAGAGCACACACACCCGGAGAAGGUGGACACAGCUGUCGGCUUCACACAUUCCAGUAAGAAACAUGUUCAUUCAGACCCAGGACACACCCAACCCAAACAGCCUGAAGUUCCUGCCAGGCCGAAUGGUCCUGGAGUCAGGGACCAUGGACUUUGCAGGAUAUAAGCAUGCCUACUGUUCCCCACUGGCCAGGCAGCUCUUCAGAAUCGAAGGUGUUAAGAGUGUCUUUCUGGGGCCGGACUUCAUCACAAUCACCAAGGAAGACGCUGAUCUGGAGUGGAAGGUGAUGAAGCCUGACAUCUAUGCAGCCAUCAUGGAUUUCUUCAGCUCAGGGCUGCCAGUGGUCAAUGAGGACACCCCUCGUGCAGAUACAGCACCCUCAGAAGAGGAUGAUGAAGUUGUCUCCAUGAUCAAAGAGCUUUUGGACACCCGCAUCAGGCCUACAGUUCAGGAAGACGGCGGCGAUGUUCUUUACCGGGGCUUUGAGGACGGGAUCGUGAAGCUCAAACUGCAGGGCUCCUGCACCAGCUGCCCCAGCUCGGUCAUCACUCUUCGUAGUGGUAUCCAGAACAUGCUGCAGUUCUACAUCCCAGAGGUGGAGGGAGUGGAGCAGGUAAAAGAUGAAGAGGAAGAAAUGGAACAGGGGACCAAGACCUGAGAAUGAGUGUAUCAGGCCCUGGCUAAGAUGUGUGCAUUGCUACUUUCCCCCUCAACCCUUUCUGUUGAAUCAAGCAGGUUCAGGAACUAGUCCACCAUCCCAGUGUUUUAAUGUAGCUAAUUUAAGACAGAGUCUGUAGUUCUGGGAAGUGCGUAUGUAUAGCCAGAAUCACACUAAGUUUUAAGGAAAAAAAAAUCCAUACUCCACCAUGGAGACGUUAGGUCACUGAGUGACAGACAGUGUGUGCUAGAAAGAGCUAUAGCUUACCUACAGCCCCCAACUCUGUGCUGCAUUAUUUUUGUGUCCGAAGAACCAGGCUUUUGAAAGUUUUUUUUAAUCUUUAGGUUGAAAGUGUUCAUUAGAUCUCCUUGCAUGCUUUAUAAAUUGAGACUUGAUAUUUAUUAUGGAAAUGAUUGCAAGGAAAGCAGGCCUAAAUUGUGCCAAUAUUCUUGGCUGCAGUGAUUCACAUGCCAGGACUCCUGCCCAAAAUGCUUUUAAAUGGCUUAUUCUGAUAUUUUCCAGUUUUUUUCAAAUUAAGUUAAAAUAAGUAAAAAUAUAAUAAUAUGUAUUUAAAAUAUACUGUUUCUUCAUUUAUAUCAAAUGGUCUUGGUAUGUUAUUGGGAAACAGAUGUGUAAAUACUAUUUCUGUUAAAGAUAAGAAUUUGCUGAUUAGAUACUUGAAAUUGUCACUUUUAUUAACUUAUAUUUUUAGAAUGUGGAGUUAUUUUGUAUAUGUGAAAUUCUUCGUUUCAUGACCAGUACCAGUUAUUUCACAUCAGAACAGAGAAGAAAUGUGUCCGAUAAAAGUUUUUAAUGAGAAUUGUUACCUGUGAAUUCAGACUAAAAGUCUAUGGGAUUGUUAAUAUGGUUUUAAACUGAUUUGCCCCUUUAUGCAAGACUGUUUUGUGUAAGAUGUUGUGUAAGAAACACUGAAAUUGUAGGGAUAUUUCUUGAAUUGGAAGUGUAACAAGAAAGAAAAGUGGCAUUUGGGAUCUCAUUGUCUCAUUUUUCUACAGAGAAAUGUAUUUGCGUUUCCUCAACAAGAUCGCCUAUAUUUAGCAAUACAAAUGCAUGCGUGUUUUA